CAGGAGGGUCAAGAAGAAGAUCAUGGUAACACUCUUUUGCUUGAUCUUGAUAAACUAUAAACUGAGAGAUUUAAUAGGGAAUAAUUGUAUCAUUUCUCUUCUCACCAGAAGAAGGGAAUAUUUGGGAGAGCUUUUGCGAAUGCACCAAUAUUUGCUCUUGGAUACUUCACAAGCGUUGGCUGAAGCAAGGUCCUUAGUAAAAGAGUAUAAGGCUGAUCUGGCUGAGGUGAAAAAACUAUUUCAGAGGUGUGAGGCUCUAAUGUUUGAGUUGAAAAAAAAGGAAAAGAAGUUGGACGAUCUAGGGCAGCUGUAUAGGGCUCCUCGAAUGGAUGUCUUGAAAGAAAUUAAAAACGUCGACGGUCGAUACGCACGAAGAAACUAAGUGGAGUUUCAUACUAAGAAAUGGAUCAGAAGAAACUAUGUGAUUUGGUGCAGAGAAUGAAGACAGAAGAUGAACUCUUUAAAAACUUAGUAGCUCAAGGUUGUGAUGAUCUGACCUUGGUUAAUCCUUAACUUUGAGAUUUGUUAGUAAUUGGAAUAUAUAUUUAAAAUGUCAAUCCUUGAAUAAAUAUCAACUUAUGAG